CAAACUUUGGCAGCAACGCAUUUGGCUUUUUCUCGACGAGGGACUUUUAGCAUCUGUUGAUUGAAGGAGAGCGAGGGCUUCGCGAAAUUUUUGCGAAAUUGGUUUGAUUCUGCAUACAAAGGAGCAGUGCAGUUGGAACUUCUCGUUAGCUCGUCGUAGCGAGAAAUUUGACCCGGAGAAACUCUUGUGCGCAUUAGUUUCGGUGUUGGAUUGGCAGUUUGCGGGGGGGUUUCCAAUUCGGGGUGGAAGACUUUGCAGCUCGAUUUCAGCGUCGCCUAAGGAUCCCUGGAGAUUUCCCGGUUCUGUGAGGGUGCUUAAAAGAGUUGUGAGCAAGAGAACCUGCUCUCGUCCAGAGUGGAGUUGGAAUCAAGUAUGUCGCACCACCAUACCCCCAGCUACAACGGCUAUGAUGAUGGCACCAAUACAGAGAAGACCUCCCAUCGCCCCACAGCAGUGCGGCGCGUCAUAGCGAAAGUAAAAAAUAAAUCAGGCAUUAGUCACGACACAAAAGAAAACUAUGUCAAUUAUCAAGAUGAUAAGCCUCACCCGCAUCCUAUGGUCGAGGAUGUUGUCAACACGAUAGGCCACUCACUCAUUCAGGAACUCAUGCAGUACUUAAAAGGUCCUGAUGGUGAAGAAGCCCUGGAGAUCAUCUUCAGUGAACAAGCUCGAGUCGGAGCCCGCCUUGCCAUGACUGAGGAAUCAAAACGAGCAGCUCGUGUCACAGCACAAGAGGGCAUGACAGGGACGUACGAUGGUAUCGAGCGGAAAAUGAAGGAGAUGUGGGGCAGUUUGAAUCCUUCCCUCAUCACUGUUGGUGGAAUCCUACUUGGCAGUUACAUUUUGCUGCUGUCAGUAGGCAUGCUCUUCAGUCUCUGGCGUUUUGCUUUCUUCGGCUUGAAGUAAUUUCAUUUUCAUCACUGGUAGUUGUACCAUUUUUUUGGAGGCUCUCUUCGGUAGAGUGCCCAGCAGCUUAUCACUUAUUACCAACUCUGUUGGCGAAAACUGUCACUCAGAAGAACACAGGACAUGAUACCUCUCUGCAUACAUAGGAAAGUUUUUACAGAGACCUGUCCUCUCUAGCAGAACCUAAUGGAAGUUAUAUGAAACAGCGUCAAUUUGUUAUCCAGUCAUAUGCAGUUGUAAAAUGUACCAAAACAAGAAUUAUCGUGCUAGCUUGCAGCAUUUCUUAGUUUAUUAGACUGAUGGAGGUUGCUUCACCAGUUGCUAUGUGGCAAACUGGAUAAUCAGAGUGACUACAUGUCAUUCCAGAGCAAGCUUGUUUUCUUGGACAGUUCCUUCUACUGAGUUCUUAAUGACAGUGA